AUGUCUGGUAUUACGAAAGCGAAAACAAGGCACGAUCUAGAUGAUACUGUGCUAGGGAAGUAUCUGGUCUACUAUCUGCCUAAUCUGAAGCUUCCAAUAUUGUCGACGAAAAUAGGAUAUGGCCAGAGUAAUCCGACUUACUUUGUUGAUGAUGCGGACAACACGAGAUAUAUACUUAGGAAGAAACCAACGGGGUCCAUUAUCUCGCCGGUGGCUCACCAGGUUGAUCGUGAGUAUAGGGUUAUUAGGGCUUUGGGAUCCGUGGAAGGAUUUCCUGUACCGAAGGUGUAUUGUCUGUGUAUGGAUGACUCUGUUAUUGGAACUCCCUUUUAUGUCAUGGAAUUCGUAAAAGGCCGCAUAAUAACCGAUCCGGACCUAAAGGACCUAUCUCCUUCUGACCGCCGCUCCGCGUGGUUCUCCCUCGUCUCUACUCUCGCCUGGCUCCACUCCAUCGACCCUGAUUCCAUCGGACUCCAAGGUUUUGGCAAGAAAACCGGCUUUUACACCCGCCACUGCAACACCUUCUCCCGCAUUGAAACCCAACAAUCCCAAGUGAAAGACAUCUCAACCGGGAAACCUCUCGGUCGCGCCCACCCAGACUUCGACGAAAUCGUCAACUUCAUUAGACGUAAUGUUCCGGGUGAUAGAGCGAGUAUCAUACACGGCGACUACAAGUUCGAUAAUAUAAUUCUGCAUCCCACGGAACCACGAGUUAUCGCACUGUUGGAUUGGGAGCUUUCGACGAUCGGACACCCGCUUAUGGAUGUCGUGUAUGUCGUUGGUCCAUACUGGAAUCGCGCGUCAAAGGCUGGGAUUUCCGGGGGCCCAGCAAGAGAUGAUAUGGGUGGGGAAGUAUAUGAUACGCAGAAUUUGGUGGCGAGUGGGAUGCCGACCAUGGAUGAGUUGUUGGAUCGGUAUACCGAGAUUGCGGGAUGGGAUCCGAGACAUGAUCGCUGGGAGAUCGCAAAGAUUUUUCAUUUGAUGAGGGGUGGCACGAUUAGCCAUGGCAUCCAAGCGAGGACGAUAAGUGGACAGGCGAGUAGCGAGUUCUCGCAUGUCUAUUUUGAGAAUACAAAGAGGAGCCUUGGAGCCGCGCUCAACAUGGUGAGGGAGUUGAAGGAGAAAGAACCGAGGAAGAGUAGCUUGUGA